CAAAGGCUGAUUGACGAGGAGAUGAAGAGGAGGGAGGAGGAGCUGAGAGUAAUGAAGGAGAAGGAGAAAGGCCAGAAACUUCUAGCUAAAGCAGAGGAGAAAAGGAAGUCACUAGUAAAUGGAGUCUGCCAGAAGGUCUCUUGCCCUUUCUUGUCCUGUCUGCAUAAGGAGCUGCCGCAGCCCCAGUCCCAAAGUCACACCUCUGAGGAGGAGAGCCGGCAGAUGGAGGAGAUCCAGCGGCUGGAGAGAGAGAUCGAGCGCCUGCAGAAGCAGCAGGAGGACGGCGUGUCCCUCCUCGGAGACGUCUCCCACGAGGAGCUGCGGCAGAUGAGAGACGCUGAGAUCUUCAGACUGGAGAAGGAGGCUUCCCGCGUGGCUACUGAGUUUCUGGAGCUCCUGGACUUUGGUGGUUUAGAGCCAUCCCUCUCCAGUGAGGAGAACCUCCACGACCCCACUGACUCCACAGCCCCUCUAGCCGAGGAGGAGGUAGAUGAGGGUUUCCACGCUGAAGAAGAGUGUGUUCCUUUGCCUGACUUCCCUCCUCCGGCUGUGGUUCCUCUGGACAAAGAAGUAUUCCAAAGUAUUCCCCCUCCUCCGCCUGAUUUUGCAGAAGGACUAGUUGUCGUCCCUGUCUCUGCCUCCUCUCCUGCUACACCAAAACUCCUUUCCCCCAACGGACUGAGUCCUGCCCCCUUCCUCUCCGACUCCCGCACCUCCAGACCCCCUCCUCCUCCUGUGGUCACUAAUGGAGAAAGGCAGCCGAGCCUGAGGGUCAGCAGGGGGUCCGACUUUGAGCCUGUGAUCGAGGAGCGGCCUCAACAGAACAUGCCAGACCCAGAGUCGGACUACGACCAGGAGGAGUUUGAGGAGGCUCAUGGGAGCUCGGGUGCUAGCACCAAUGACGGCCAUAUAACAGAUGAGGAGGUGUUGAGGAAAUCCUCCUGCACCCAAAACAGCCUGGACUCCUUCAGAGGCAGCUCGGACUCGAUAAACCAGAGGCUGUGA